UGGGCAAGUUUAGCGCACACCUACAUAUAUACAUCACAAAAUGAUAGCCCUGUUCAAAACAAACUUGGUCUGGCCAAUCGAAACCGACCAAUCAGCGCGCUCCAUGCUCCCCAAUCAAUCCGAUUUCUGGAUGAACUUGACCCCAAAUCGACGGUGUCACGUUAUUGUCGCCCGUGGACCUUGUCCUGCCUUGUCAUGUCCUCUCGUGUGUGGCUUUCAUCAGCCCGAGGCGUGUCCUGUCUAGGCCGUCGGGCCUACCGCGCUUCAGGGGGUCUCUCGCCUCUGGGCACGGCCUUCAACGCCCUGAAAUUCCCCCAAAUCCUGCCCCAAUCGGCUCAGACGGGUCUCUUUCAGAUUCCGUCCCUCGUGCGUGCCGAGGGCUUCCGGGAGCUCCAAGAGGCGUGUCUGACUCGCUCGGCCCAGCUGGUGGACGAGGCGUGUCGACCGGAGCGCGGGCGUCUCUUGGCCCGCAUUUUAGAUGAUCUCUCGGACGAAUUGUGUCGGGUAGCGGAUUUAGCCGAGUUUGUCCGUUUGGCCCAUCCGGAUGAGGCCUUUGCCUCCGAGGCUGAAGCGGCCUGUAUCGCCGUUUCCGGCCUGGUCGAGCAACUCAAUACCCACGUGGGCUUGUAUGGCGCCUUGUCGGAGGUAGUGCGGGAUGGGGAUCGAUUCCCCGAGUCCCACGUGGACCAGCAUGUAGCCAAGUUGUUCUUGUUGGAUUUCCAGCAAUGCGGGAUCCACUUGGACGAUGACUCGCGGAACAUGGUGGUCAAGCUCAAUGACCACAUCCUGCAAUUGGGACAGCAAUUUGCGGCUCAAGCCCACCGACCGAGGGCCGUCAAGAAGAGUGUGUUGCCCGAGAAUAUGCGGCAUUUGUUCAGCUUGGACGGCGACAAUGUGGUCCUGAACGGACUCCAUUUCGACAAUCCGAAUUCGUUAGCCCGCGAGGCCGCGUACAAGAUCUACUAUGGUCAUGAUCGCCAUCAGGAGGCCCUGCUCAGCGAUCUCCUGAGUCAGCGGCAUCAUUUGGCCGUGCUUUGUGAAUACCCGACCUUCGCUCAUCGCGCCAUGUCCGAAAGUUUGGGCGCUCACCCCGAGAACGUGGCCACGUUCCUCACCCAUUUGUCCCAAGGACUGCGACCGCGCUUGGACAAGGAUUUUGGUGUUUUGCUAGCAAUGAAACAGGCUCAAAAUCCGAUGGCCAAGACCUUGCAAGUCUGGGAUGCGCCCUACUACUCUGUGAUGGCGAAACGCCAGUGGUUCGACAUUGAUGCCCAAAAGAUCUCCGAGUACUUCUCACUCGGGGUUUGUAUGGAGGGUUUGAACGAGAUCUUCACUCGCCUGUUCAACGUGGAGCUCGUGGUGGAAAAACCCACACCCGGUGAGAUUUGGCACAACAGCGUGUUCAAAUUGGCCGUGGUGGACUUGAGCACCGCCACCGUUUUGGGUCACAUUUAUUGCGAUUUCUUUUCCCGCCAAGGCAAGCCCCAUCAGGAUUGCCAUUUCACCAUUCGCGGUGGACGACUCAAGAAUGACGGGUCCUACCAAAACCCAGUAGUAGUGCUCAUGUUGAACCUACCCUCUCCGGGAUGGACCUCGCCCACAUUGAUGUCCAGCUCCAACAUGGACAACCUCUUUCACGAGAUGGGCCACGCCAUGCAUUCCAUGUUGGCUCGAACGAAAUACCAGCACGUCACGGGCACGCGUUGCUCCACCGAUUUCGCCGAAGUUCCAUCCACGCUCAUGGAAUACUUCUCGUCAGACCCGCGGAUCUUGGCGCGGAUGAGUCGGCACUACAAAACGGGCGAAUCUCUUCCAUUGGACAUGUGCGAGCGGUUAUGUGCCUCCAAGCUAGUUUUUGGCUCCAUUGAUAUUCACACACAAUUGUUCUACUCAUCAUUAGACCAAGUGCUACACACACGGCAUCCCCUUAAAGGCUCAACGACCGAGAUAUUGCAACAAGUCCAUGAAGAUCACCAUCCAUUACCUUAUCCCGAGGGCACAGCCUGGCAUCACCGAUUCUCUCAUUUGGUGGGCUAUGGUGCCCGAUAUUAUAGCUAUUUAAUGGCCAGAUCCGUGGCCUCGUCCAUCUGGCAGUGCCACUUCCAAGAAGAUCCCUUGAACGGAGAAUCGGGAGGGCGUUACCGAUCCGAAUGUCUGUCCCAUGGAGGUGGGAAACCCUCGCACGAUUUGGUGUCUGACUUCUUGGGCAAAGAGGUGCUACCAGAGGAUUUGGCUGAUGCUCUCAUUUCCGAGUUGGAUGCCAAGACGGUUGUUCUAAACAAAGCGACUUUCAGAAAGCCGUGAAACACCCUUGUUCGGAAUAAGAUUCACGCAGUACAAGACAAACUGAUUCGGGUUUUAAUCUUCACGUAUUGGGUACAUUAGAUGAGAGACUGCACUGAUGAUUACAACGAGUCAGUUUAGAAUCCUUCAAAGGACGAAAGGGAUGAUGGCCUUUCGCUUGGGAUAGUUGGGGAACUCCUUCUUGUAGUUCCUGUGCUUGCCCAACGCCCACAUAGUCAUCUGGUAAGCUCCGGCCAAACAGAACAAUCCAGCUGUGAAUAAAAGUAUGACAUUAAUUUCGCAA